CUGCCCUGCGCGCCUCCUCCCGCCGGCCGACCUACCCCAAGGCGCCCCCCCCCCCCCACCUACGACAGCGGGGUCGCUGGGCGCCGCCCACGCCACCCACAACAUGCUGCCGCACUUCCGUCAUGGCCGCACGCUCCUCCGCGCCCCAAUCGUCACCGCCGACGGGGAUCCUCGAGCACCAUCAACCUACCACGCAGUCCAUGGCCGCCUCCCCACGCAGUCCCCUUCUUGCUGCCGACGCGAAUCCGGUCAACCCCUUCCUCCUCUCCUUCUCUUCCUCCAGUGAUCUCCGCUGGAUCCUGCCGCCGUCAACACCAAGCAUCGGAGUCACGGACCUGCACUCCAUCGCCGCGCCUAUCUUCUUCUCACUGCGGCUGCUCCACAUCGCAUCCGCCCACCGUCGUGACGCCCCCAACCCUUCUGCUUUCCCCAACCCCUGCUGGUUGACCUUCUCGCAAAGGCCACCUCGACCUUCUCGAGGAAGGUUACUUCCGAGGAUCCGGCUCGCGAGGUGCACACCAUCUCAUCCUAGUUGUUGUUGUGUGAAGAUCUGCCGGCCUGAAUACGCAAGAGAACAGAGGGAAAUACGGAGCAUGAGUAUAACAUGGACUGCUCUCACGCGCCGCCAUGGACUGCUCCGCUGCCAUCCCCAUCGUGAUGUGUCCACGGGGCUCCCUGACCCAUCGACGGGGACAGCUGCAUGUAGCCCCCUGCUCCUCAACUCUGAUGGCCGCGCAGGCAGCCAUCCCUCCAGGAGGCCGACACCAUGCUGGCUACUUGCUUCCACUCACAUGCUUGCGAAUGGAUGGUGCAUGUGCUUCUCUGUGUGUAUGCUCAUCCAUGAUUAAACAUGGAGUAUUCUCCGUCUGUGAUUAGCUACUCUGGUUCAUGCGUACAUCUUAUAUCUGAUGCUAA